AUGAACGUCCAAGAUAGAAGGAGGCUUUUAGGACCUUCUAGUGCCAAACCGUUAGUUUUCAGCACAACCGCAAGCAAACCAGAUGAAACAAAAAAGCAUGAUGACAAUAAUGAAGAAAAGAUAGCAUUGCAUACUGGAUUUAUUGCUAAUUGCAAUGGUUCAGCUUUAGUAGAGAUCAAAGAUACCAAGAUUACUCAUCACCAAACAUCUUUAAUCACUUCUGUGUACGGUCCGAAGUCAGUUAGAGGUUCGUUUACUUCACAAGCUUCCUUAUCUAUACAGCUUAAAAAUGGUCUUUUAGAGAAAUACGAAUCUAGAGAGUUGAAAGAGGUAGCCAAUUUCCUAACCAGCAUAUUCAACAGCGUUAUAAAUCUUAAAAGAUACCCAAAGUCAGGAAUUGACAUCUUUAUAUAUAUAACAUAUGAAAAAAGUCUCGAAAAUUUCAAAGAGCAAGAACCAGCUGCUCCAGUCAGGAAAUCAAACAUCUAUAAAAUACUCCCCCACUGCAUAUCAUCAAUAACCAUGGCUUUAAUAGAUGCUGAUAUCGAAAUUAUAGAUCUAGCAGCUGCAGGUCAACACAAUGGGAGUGUCGCUUCAUUUAUUAAAGGUGGACAAGAAGUUGUUGGGUUUUGGAAGGACAACGAAGACAAUUCCGACAUAGUUGAGUGCAUUGAGACUUGUAAAUCUCAAUACUUAGAGUAUAGAGCUUUGAUGAGAACAUAUUUGGCUAACAGAGCAGCAGCAUAA